UGUGCAUCUGAUUUUUUUUGCUAAGGGAUUCUAAGGGAUUUAUUAUUAUUAUUUUUAUAUAUAGAUUUAUUUUUAUAAAUAAAUAAAUAAAUCGACGGUGUCGCUCGUGCUGCCGGUGUUUGCGCAAUGUGGCACGACGGACGGAUGCUGGAACACUGUGGAAUUUAGCUUAAAGUUUUUUGUGUGUGUGUGUGCGCGCGCGUAAUAAAUAAGACUGAUCACUCGGAUGUAGAAAUCUUUUGCGCCUGAGGAUCAAUGGUGUGUCUUUUUUUUUUUUUGGUCUUUCUUUCUUCCCGCGGACCUUUGAUGAGGACUCGGUGUGUUAUUUAAUGUGACGCUCGCGCUGCUUUUUUUUCCCUCUUUUCCCGGAGCCGCUCUACGACAUGCUGCAUGGUCACGACGGGGGAACCGACACACGCGGAUACCGGGGAUCUUCGACGCGCUCGUGCUGCGGCGGAGCUCUGAUUGCGUCGCGGACCCGCCGGUGGUGGUGGUGGUGCUGGUGGCUGCCUCUGCUGCUACUGCUGCUGCGCGCGACGGCUCCGGUUUGCGGGAUCGGCAAGACGCGUGCCAUGCGGAUGAUCCGGGACGCAGGACGCAUCAUAUGAGACACCAGUACCGACUGCUGACACCGAUGAGCUUUGCCAUGCGACGGCGAUGGUUUGUGGUGCUGCUGAUGCAGGCAUGGCUCUCUGCGAGUUUUUCUAACGGCGAGCGGCCAUGCCCACGGAGCUGCCGCUGCGAUGGCAAGAUUGUUUACUGCGAGUCAAGUGCAUUCCGCGACGUGCCAAAAAACCUGUCUGGUGGCUGUCAGGGCUUGUCUCUGCGCUACAACAGCUUGGCGAGCUUGCGCGCUGGCCAGUUUGUUGGCCUUAACCAGCUUAUUUGGCUCUAUCUUGACCACAACUACAUUGCAACCGUGGACGCUCGUGCCUUUCAAGGAAUACGGAGGCUCAAAGAGCUAAUCCUGAGCUCCAACAAAAUUACUCUCUUACAUAAUACCACAUUCCACCUGGUACCAAAUCUGAGAAAUCUCGACCUGUCCUACAACAAACUCCAGGCCCUACAGCCAGGUCAGUUCCAAGGACUCCGCAAACUCAUCAGUUUGCACAUGCGCUCCAACUCCUUAAAGAAUUUACCGUCUCGCCUCUUUCAGGAUUGCCGCAACCUCGAAUUUCUUGAUCUUGGCUACAAUCGUCUGCGCAGCAUCACACGUAAUGCGAUGUCAGGGCUUGUGAAACUGACGGAACUCCAUCUCGAGCAUAACCAGUUCUCCAAAAUCAACUUUUCCAACUUCCCUCGGCUUUAUAACCUCCGUGCUCUUUACCUGCAGUGGAAUCGUAUCCGGACCAUGAGCGAGGGACUUACAUGGACCUGGAGUUCUUUACAGAAGUUGGACCUUUCAGGGAAUGACCUACAAGAGCUGGAGUCAGAGGUCUACAAAUGCAUGCCGAACUUGCAGACACUAAAUGUUGAUUCCAACAAGUUGGUUAACGUCUCCCAGGAAGUCGUCUCAGCUUGGAUAUCUCUGAGCAUGAUCAGCCUAGCUGGAAACAUGUGGGACUGUGGACCUGCGGUCUGCCCCCUGGUAGCUUGGCUGAAAAACUUUCAAGGGAACAAGGAGACUCCCAUGAUUUGUGCCUCGCCCAAAGAGGCUCAAGGUGAAAAAGUCUUGGAUGCUGUCGAGACAAGUGGUGUGUGCAAGGUCAGUCAUGUCACUCCCUCAUUUGCCAGUUCUACAACUACGCUUUCUGGUGCCCCUGCUCUGAAUGCCGCCCUUCCCUUUGCACCCACACUUCAUUCUGGAGGUAGCAGAAGGGGCCAGGGCACAUCCUUGCAACAGCCCACUCCGUCAAGACCACCACAAUCUGAUGUCUCUCAACCAGAGCAAGAUUUUGAGCCAGUGUCCUUCCACAAGAUAGUGGCAGGGAGCGUUGCACUAUUUUUAUCGGUUGCUAUGAUUCUCCUUGUGAUUUACGUCUCAUGGAAACGCUAUCCGAGCAGUGUCAAGCAGCUGCAGGAAAACACUUCAGCUGCCCGCAAACGUCGGAAAAAGUCUAGGGAGACUGAACGUACGCUCAGCACGCCCUUGCAGGAGUACUAUGUGGACUACAAACCUUCAAGCUCCGAGGCCACGGAUGUUCUGGUCAAUGGAACAGGGCCAUGCACAUACUCCAUAUCCGGUUCCAGAGAAUGCGAGGUAUGACUCUACACUUCUUGCUAAUUCUGUAACCGAAACCUUCCCACUAUUUGGCAAUGAGAAAAGAGCUCAGUGUUAAUUGCUUUUAGAAAAAUGGUGCUGUGAUUUUGGUUUUGUCAUUUUGUCGAUUCAAUGUUGGCGGCUAGAAAUAUUUAUACGAGUGGGAUGUCAAAUACUUUUAAGGCUACUUGGCUUGGACUGUUUAUAUUGAUUUCCGGCAAAUGUGUGCAUUUUGA